GCGUUUACGUUAAGCUUGUGAAAAUCUUACACAUUAUAAAAGUACAAGAAUUUGGUCAGUUUUCUUACCAUUUUUCGUUUUUUUAUCACAAGCGUACGAGCUUUCUUGUUCCUUCAACCUUCUCUUUGCAUUUUCCUGAGAAAAGGGAAAAAAAAAAUCUCCAUUACAAGUUUUCUAAUUUCAAGAAUUCAUUUCCCAGAUAAGUCUUAAUUUCUUUUUGUUCAAGCAAAGUAUCAAGUUGCAAUCUUUAGCUGAAAGAAGGUUUCUUUUCUUUUUAAGAUUUUGUUUUGCAUCUCUCUGAAUUGGGAUUUGUUUGUUCUCUGGAGGAGAAAGAAUUUGUCUUGAUUUGGAGGGAUAGACAGAGUUUAUUACUUUUCCUUUCGUGUUGUUUGGUUUUCUGGUUUUGAAGUCAUUGUGUGCUUAAAAAGAGAAGAGCUCAUUUGAGAUUCAAGGGAGAAAUUUAGAUUUUUGACGUUUUUUGUGGGAAUUGGCACCAUUUUGGAGGAAAAGUUUGAAUUUGGUUUGUGGGGUCUGCUGUAUUAGAGCUUGGUUUUGACUUGCCUGUGUCUGUGGUCUGUUGUAUGUUAGUAUAUUCUUGAUUUGAGUUGUGAAGAUCUGUUUACCUCAUGCUUUUGAAGUUCUAGCCUAUCUUGUUCCUGCAAUUUUAAAGCUUUUACACAGAAGCGGUUGUUGGGUUUCAGUUAUUUAUCUUGUAGGUGAGUUCGGUUGUUAGUUUGUGAACUGUUUGAUUAGAUUGUUGUGGAUUUUGAGGUUUUAGUUUGGAUAAUCAUAAUAUAGUUAGUUGAUAUUGAGUUGUAGUUCUUGGAUUUUGGAUUGUCGGAUUCCCAAUGGCGAAGGAGAACGGAAAGAAUAAGAAACAGGUAGGAAGACAAUCAAGUGAGAAUGAUAUGAAGCAACCUAAGGUUGGGAAUAAUAGCCCUAAGGCGCUGGAUAAGGACACUGCAGUCUUCAUUUCCAUGUCACAAGAAUUGAAGGAGGAAGGGAACAAGUUGUUUCAGAAGAGAGACCAUGAAGGAGCCAUGUUGAAGUACGAAAAGGCCAUCAAGUUGCUUCCGAGGAAUCAUAUAGAUGUAUCCUAUCUUCGGAGUAAUAUGGCCGCAUGUUAUAUGCAGAUGGGUCUGAGUGAAUAUCCCAGGGCAAUUCAUGAGUGUAAUUUGUCGUUAGAGGUCACACCAAAGUAUAGUAAGGCACUGUUGAAGAGAGCAAGGUGUUAUGAGGCUUUGAAUAGGCUGGAGUUGGCUAUGAGAGAUGUCAGUACGGUUUUGAAAAUGGAGCCAAAUAAUUUCAUGGCAUCAGAGAUUUCAGAAAGGGUGAAAAAGACAAUUGAGCAGAAGGGGCUAAGGGUGAACGAUACAGUAAUUGAACUGCCUCCAGAAUAUGUUGAACCCCCUGUUGCCUCAUCUAAACUAGCGAAACAGAAGACAAAGAAGAAGAAGGGCAAAAAAGUAGAGGAAAAAAAGACUGCAGGUGAAACUGAGCAAAAGAUGGUUGGGGAUGAAGUUGAGGGACAGAAUGCUGGGAAAGAAAUUGAAUACAGUAGAGUUGAUAGCCAACUCGAGGGGAAGAAAGCCGAGGAUAAGGUGGUGGUGGAGGAAAAACUGAGGAAAACGGAAGAACCUAAGAAGUCUGUAAAAUUGGUUUUUGGGGAGGACAUAAGAUGGGCUCAGUUGCCUAUUAAUUGCAACCUCCUGCAACUUAGGGAAGUUAUUGCUGAUCGGUUUCCAGGCUCAGAAGAGAUUCUUAUCAAAUACAGGGACCAUGAAGGUGAUUUGGUUACAAUAACCUCUGAUGAAGAAUUAAGGUGGGUAGAAGCAUCAGCAGAAACCCAGGUUUCUAUCAAGCUGUAUCUGGUCGAAGCCAAUCCUAAGAAAGACCCAUCCUUUGAUAGACUUAAGCUGGAGGAGGUGCAAAAACUGGAUAUCAAACAAAAGCUUGCCACUGAGAAUGGGAACAUGGAAAAUGGCAAGCUGUCUGAAAACAGAUCAUAUUGCUUUGAUGAAUGGAUAGUAGAGUUUGCUAAGCUGUUCAAGAACCAUGUCGGGUUCGAUUCUGAUUCUUAUUUGGGUCUUCAUGAACUCGGUAUGAAGGUGUAUUCAGAUGCUAUGGAGGAAACAGUUACUAGUGAAGAAGCGCAAGACCUUUUCAACACAGCAGCAAGCAAGUUUCAAGAGAUGGCAGCUUUGGCACUGUUCAACUGGGGAAACAUUCAUAUGUCCAGGGCAAGGAAGAGGCUCGGCUUCACUGAAGAAGCUUCAAGAGAAUCAAUACUUAAAGAGAUUAGAAAGUCAUAUGACUGGGCGCAAAAAGAAUAUAUAAAAGCAGGGAAGAGAUAUGAAGAAGCACUAAGAAUCAAACCAGACUUCUAUGAAGGUCUUCUAGCUCAAGCGCAGCAGCAGUUUGAACGGGCAAAACUUUCCUGGUAUUAUGCAAUUGGAAACAAUGUUGACUUGGAAACAUGGCCUUCUGAAGAGGUUGUCCAACUUUAUAACAUGGCUGAGGACAACAUGGAAAAGGGCAUGGUAAUGUGGGAAGAAUUUGAGGCUCAACACCUGAACAUUUCCAACGUAGCGAAGGUUAAAGCCCAGUCUCAGAAAACUGGGUCAGACAAGCUAUUUAAAGAUGUGUUCUCAGAAGAUGCUACUGAGCAGGCUAGGAACAUGAGGUCCCAGAUUAACCUCCUUUGGGGCACCGUACUAUAUGAGCGGUCAAUUAUGGAAUUCAAAUUAGGCCUACCAGUCUGGCAAGAAUGCUUGGAAGUCGCAAUCGAGAAGUUUCAUCUUGCUGGAGCUUCCCCCACAGAUAUAGCUGUUAUGAUAAAGAAUCAUGUUUCAAACGAUAAUGCACUGGAAGGUUUAGGAUUUAGAAUUGACGAGAUAGUACAGGCAUGGAAGGAGAUGCAUGAAGCUAAGAGGUGGCGGAAUGGGGUUCCCACAUUCCGGCUAGAACCAUUACUUCGACGUCGUGUUUCCGAUAUUUAUCAUGCCUUGGAGAUUUUAUGAGUUGCAUCCAUCAAAACUUUACUAUGAAUAGAUGACUUCUUGCUUAGGUAUCUUCUCCUUAAAAUUCAGUUUCAGCCAUGUAUUUUUAGAAACAUCAGAGGUGUAGCUGCUGUAGUAAUGGGAUUGUAUUGCAUGAUAUUAGCAGAAACAGAUUCUUCCAUUUGUUUACACUGACGGGGAUAAGAUGAAGCUGCUAAGGUUUCCCUUUUUGUUAAUUUCUGCCUCCCCACUUUUUAGACUGACAGUCAACAGGAGAUGGUAUAUGUUAUUCAUUUGUCAAGUAUUCAGCAAUUAUACAUUGUUUGUUUGCCGCUAUGAUUUAUAAUCUUGAAUUUGGUGUUC